AACGCUGUAGGAAGAAUAACGUUUGGUGGCUACAUUUCCAGUGACCCUUGUCCUCAGCUGGGCACAAAUAUCCUUGGUCGGACCACAUGCCGGUGUUUAUUUUGGAAAAUAGGUCCUUUUAGUUACUGGCUGAAAUCCUGCCGUCUGCUGCUCUUUUCUCUUGAUUUGGAAGCCACCAAGGGUCCCCCUCCCGGCAGAACCGGGUGCCCAGCACAGCUGACACCACCGUGGGGCUGGCCCAUAUUUGUUUCUGGGAUCACACCCAACCCAAUAAUUGCCUCCACCUUCUCCAGGGUCUGGACCCCUCGCCAUGGGCACUGAGGUCCUGACCUCCAGCCAUUCUCAGUUCUGGGAGUGGGCACUUGGAGAGCAGGAGGCAGCAAAGAUGGACCCUGACCAGUCCUCUCCAAGCCAAGUGUGGGGAGAGGCUGACACUGGGGAUGAGCUGGAGCUGAUUCGGCCCAGCAUCUACCGCAACGUGGCGCGCCAGCUGAACAUCUCCCUGCACUCCGAGAGCGUGGUGACCGACGCCUUCCUGGCUGUGGCCGCCCAGAUCUUUGCUGCAGCUUGGUGGUCUGGGAAGGCCCUUCCUCCCAUGGAACACCCUGCUGCCCCGCAGAGAGGGUGCCCAGGGGGACAGACAGGCAUCACAUGGGGCAAGGUGGUGUCCCUGUACUUGGUGGCUGCCGGGCUGGCUGUGGACUGUGUGCGGCAGGCCCAGCCCGCCAUGGUUCAUGCUCUUGUCGAUUGCCUCGGGGAAUUUGUGCGCAAGACCCUGGCAACCUGGCUGCGGAGGCGCGGUGGAUGGACCGACGUCCUCAAGUGUGUGGUCAGCAGCAACCCUGGCUUCCACUCCCAUUGGCUUGUGACUGCACUCUGCAGCUUCGGCCGCUUCCUGAAGGCUGCCUUCUUUGUGCUGUUGCCAGAAAGAUGAACCUGGCCCUGGAACCAGGAGGCUCUGGGCCGAGGCACUGCCCUCCUCCCGCAGAGCCCCUCCCCCGUGAGCCCCUUCUCUGUACACCCAGGCCCCCGGGAAGUGGGAACGCAGGCUCCCCUGGGCCUGGAGCUGGCCUUCAGUGCCCACCUGUGGCCCUGCUCCAUGGUGCCUCUUGUGGAGCCAGAAGGUCAGGGUGACCUCCCGGGCCCAAAAGGAAGGCAGCUGGGAACACCAAACUCUCACUUGACACCGGGUCCUAUCCACGAAGGGUGACCAUGUCAGGACACUGGACCUGAAGGUGACUUGAGCCUGGCCAAGGCUAGAGGAGCCGUGGGAUCUUACCGACCCCACCGAGCAUAAGGCUCAUGUGCUGUUGCUUAAUCCAUCCCUGGCGGGAGAGCGCGCCCACCUGUGGCAGGGACUGGGAUUGGGCUCCAGGCCGGCACCCCUGAUCUGUGAAUGCACCAACUCCUGACCUACGAGGACGGGGUGUGUGUUCGAUUCCAAUAAAGCGUCAUAGCAGUGGAAGGCGA